ACUUAGCAUUCGUCAAUAUGAUGGUCUUGUGGACAAGAGGUGUUCCUCAGACAAUGACAGUUUUUGGAAUGGAGCAUCUGCUGAAUGAUACAGGAUGUAAAGCUGUGAUCUAUUCCUACAGGAUAGUUCGUGCUUUGUCUGUCUCUGUAACUUGUCUACUCAGUGUACUACAAGCUGCCACCAUCUCUCCAGUUCCAAAGAGAUUCCUUGUCAAAAUCAAAGACCUCAAAUACUUGAGUAUCACCCUCAUUGUUAUCUGGGCAAUUAACAUGGCAGUGUGCAUAGCUGCCCCAUUUUUCUCUGCAGUGCCAAGGACCAAUAAACUCCCUAAAUAUACAUUGGACCUGGGGUUUUGCCACGUUUAUUUUCCUGACCAAGUGGGUUACAUUAUUAAUGGCUUUGCUGUGUCAGUCAGGGAUUUUGUGUUUGUAGCCAUCAUGGUUUUUGCUAGUGGGUUCAUUAUACGCACCCUCUACAAACACAAAAAACAGGUCCAGAACUUAAGGAGGAUGAACAAUGGUCGCAAUGUUGAAGCUGAAUCAAAGGCAGCUAAAGAUGUUCUCCGUCUAGUAAUGCUCUAUGUCAUAUUUUUUGGGAUAGAUAACAUAAUUUGGAUUUACAUGUUAACUGUUUCACAAGUCUCAUCCGUUAUCAGUGAUAUGAGGGUUUUUUUCUCUUCUAUUUAUGCAUCUCUAAGUCCGAUCCUAAUAAUCAUUUCCAAUGGAAGGCUCAAAUGUGGAGGUUUCGCUGCCUCCCUUUCGGCCUGUCAUCGGCUCCAUGGUGUUUUACGAAACUGUUGA